UCGCGGCCCACUCAACCACCGCCGACCAGCAACUGAGAGGCGGACAGAUGAGUUGAGUCGAGAAGAUAGCCCGGCAUGUUGGCCUUCACUGAAAAUGCAGUACACCAAGCCGCCAAGUGUUUCGUGACGUACGGGCUGAUGUGCCAUUUGGACCCAAACCAACCCCCGUCCAAGACCCAGCCGUGGGCGACACUUGCAAGUCAAGAUUUUGUGCACAGAGCAGACUUGAUCAUCCCCCACGAUAUGUUAGAAUCGGUGCGAGGAAGACUUAUCGAGGGAAGAACUGGGCCAGAGUUCAAACGUGUGGUUCUCUCCUUGCGUGAUAUACUCUCCGGCGAUUUCUUCACCGAGUACAUCAAGAAGGGGGAUGUCCUUAUGCUGUCCGAAGGACGCAGGGGGAUCGACAAUGUUUUCACCCUGAGACGUGGUAUACUUACCAUGUUCUUGGACAAGGAAGCUUAUGAGCGGGCGGGUUUGGUUGGGAAACCGGACGGGCCCAAGGGGAAGCGGGGGACGAAGCCACGAUGGAUUGUCGAGUUUGAUCUUACGGCUCCGUCAAUGUUUCCGGGGAAAAAAGGGUUUGACCGGCUUGUGUAUGCUAGCAAGAAUGCUCUUGCCGGGCCCAUCACCUGGCUGUUUUGCAACCUCUCUACAACAAUUCCCAACCCUGACCCCCUCUCACAGCAUUCUCCUAUCGGCUACACCUGCAACCCAAACAUAUCAGAAGCCAUCGACGUUAUGAUGCCGAAUCUCACUCCAGACGUCAGCUUCCUCUCUUCCGGCGGCAGAGAAGAUUUUGAGGACUUUUCGACCAGCGUGUACGAGUGGCUAUCCCUUGUCCGCCUUCAGAGUCCUCGGGUUGAAAUUGGCGACCAGAUUGACCCGUACCUGUCCCGGUACAAAGUUCCCGAAGGCGGGGAAAAGAACACGGUCUGCAAGAUCAGCUGGCAGGGCUUUCUCGCGCCGUCAUGGUCUCGGCAGACCUUGAUCGACAUCGUGACCGCCUUGCCGCACAAGGCCUGGUUUUCUUUCAGCACUACCACCUUCUCCAAAGGCCUGACGGGCGACAAUACCGAGUGCACGAUCCUCCGACCACCGAACUCGUCGGGGGAGUACCUCAUGUGGGAGGUCAAAGCCCAUGAAUGAGGAAGGGACUGGUG